UGACAGUGUGUAAGUGUGUAAUGUGUGUGUUUCAGCAUCUGUUCAGAGUCCCAGCGCUGGUCUGGAGUCAGUGUCUGAGCGCGCUCAUGCCGUCCACAAACACACAGCUGCUCUGGAGCGUCACAGGGAGGAUUAUGGGAUGGAGAGGGUUCAGCCGUCACACAGUUCUCGUCCUCCUCCAGCACUGGCCUCAGCGCCGCUCAACAAGGUGAAGCACCUGCAGAUCCUCAGGGUUUGGACCUGCGUGCUCAGGCAGCUCAUGUGUGUCUCGCUCUGCUUCCAGGCGCGUGGAUCCAGCGGCUCGCCGGAGUUCCUGUGCUCCAUGUGUCAUAAAGAGUUUCCUCUGCAGCGCAUGCUGACACGUCACCUCAAGUGCCACAGUAUGAUCAAGAGACACCCCUGCAGGUUCUGCGGGAAAGGCUUCAACGACACCUUCGACCUGAAGAGACACAUGAGAACACACACCGGUAUCCGUCCGUACCGGUGUGAUCUGUGUGAGAAAGCCUUCACGCAGCGUUGCUCUCUGGAGUCUCACCUGCGGAAGAUCCACAGCGUGCGGCAGCAGUACGCAUACCGCCAGCGGCGCUCCAAGAUCUUCGUGUGCGAGGACUGC